AGAAAGUCUCUUCGAGCUGGAUCGAUGAAGCUAUAUAAGGUGGGGGCAAGGUCACCUUGGCGAAUCACCAUCCCUGAACUGUCAGUCCAGUAAAAUAGCGGUGUGCCAGCUAUAACGGGUUCAGUCUGUGUUCGACAGUGACGAAGAGUAGUGUUACAGGGAGAAUACUUUUUGAGAAAAUGGCAACAUUAAAGGAUCAACUUUUAACUACUGUGACAGAACCUGUGUCAAUCGGUAGAAAUAAAAUCACAGUGGUCGGUGUCGGUCAAGUUGGAAUGGCCUGUGCUUUUAGUAUUUUGACGAACCAUGUUUCGAGCGACGUGGUAUUGAUCGAUGUGAUGGCGGACAAAUUAAAAGGAGAAAUGUUAGACCUACAGCAUGGCAGUGCGUUUAUGAAGAACGCAAAAGUGACCGCCAGCACUGAUUACGCCGUGACUGCGAAUUCGAGUCUUUGCAUCGUGACAGCGGGUGCGCGUCAGCGCGAAGGCGAAACCAGACUGGAUCUGGUUCAACGUAACACCGACAUCUUCAAAGGCAUUAUACCUCAGUUAGUCAAAUAUAGCCCGAACACGAUUCUCCUUAUCGUUUCCAAUCCGGUGGACAUUUUGACAUAUGUGGCGUGGAAACUCUCCGGCUUGCCAAAGAACAGAGUUAUUGGCAGCGGUACGAAUUUGGAUUCUGCCCGCUUCCGCUUUCUGCUAUCGCAAAAACUUAAUGUCGCACCUACGUCUUGCCACGGCUGGAUUAUCGGAGAACACGGUGAUACCAGUGUGCCUGUAUGGUCUGGAGUUAAUGUUGCCGGAGUACGUAUGCGUGACUUGAACGAGCACGUGGGUACUGACAAGGAUGAAGAACAUUGGGAUGAUUUGCAUAAGCAGGUGAUACAAAGUGCAUAUGAAGUGAUCAAAUUGAAAGGCUACACCUCAUGGGCCAUAGGUCUCAGUGUGUCGCAACUUGCAUCAGCUAUACUAAGAAAUUCCAAUCAAGUGCACGCUGUGUCCACGUUGGUUACUGGUAACCAUGGAAUUAAUGAAGAAGUGUUCUUAUCCUUACCUUGCACACUGGGUGAAGAUGGCGUUACACACAUCGUUCAGCAGAAGUUAACAGGCGACGAGCGUGCAUCAUUACAUAAAUCCUCAGCGAUGAUGCACAAAGUGCAAGAAGGCCUGAAAUUUUAAAAAUAUAUUGACUUAAUUUUAUUUAUUAUUUUAUUAUAUCUUAUUGCAAGCUUUUGAUGCUGUUCCAUAUGCAACUUAUAUGCAUUUGAACGUAUUAGAUAAACGCAGUAUUAUAUACAAGUAUUAUAAAUUAAUGAAAUAAUUUUAUAAAUGUUUGCAAUUAUAUAAUCGACAUGUAUACGUUUGCCUAUAUAUGUAUAUGUGUGAAAAAGCUAGGAAUAUAAAGUGUUUCUGGUGCUAUAUUUAUCUUUUAUUAUUAUUUUUUUUAUUUUGAUCUGUGACAGAAGUACUCUCAUUAUCAUCUAUUUCAUUACUUUUUUUACGAUGUUGCAACUAUUUAUGUCAUUAAGCAUUUUAUAAAUUGGACGAUUUAAUCAUCUCUAGCAAUUUCAUAUCAAAUAUGCUAAAUGUACUGCCGAUAAAGCACGCAAGCAAUUUAUAUCCAUUUCUAAAAUAUACAAGAAGAUAAAUAU